GCAAAGGAAGAGAUCUGCACGUCGUCGAGAUCUGAGCUGAACGUCCAGAGUCUGAAGUAGCGGUGCCAGUUUGAAGCUGAUCUUCCAUGCGAAUGUGAUCUUCAACUGCCAAGGCCGCUGCCGCUGAUCCGCUGGAGUGAGUGAGCUGGGCAGCCGAAUCACGACGGACGGCAAAUGAAGAUCUGGCCACUGCUGAGUGGUUUCGUGUACAUAAGCGGGUCUUUCGUCUUGGCUCAGCGUACCAACUACGAGGAGGGCAUCCAGGCGUCCCCUGAAGAUGACAAUGGUGGAUGGGAUUACUAUCGCCCUGACGGCCUCGGCAACAGCAGGGACAGCGGUGCCGCCAGACGGCCUUAUCGAAGGCACGGCAACUCGCACUCGUAUGAUGAUCUGCCAGGCCAAGUGCAGCCCGACCUGCCAUCCGCCGCUGAAGUAUCACGCCGGGUGAGUACGGCAUAGCACCGCCGUCACUCGUUGAUCCCGUCUGUGGAUGCUGUGUGUUGGUGUGUGUGUGCGUCAGAUCUUUGCGUUCUCGCCGCACCACCCGCACCCGUCAGUGUCGGUGCUUUACACGGGGUGGGGACAGAUGAUCAUGCACGACAUCGUGGCCACACAGGAGGGCACCGAGCCAAUGCCCAUCCCCCUGCCCACUCAGUGGCAAUGCAACGUCCCGCCCUUGCCUAUCGUCGCUGGGACCUUCUCAUGCCCAUCGCCAGAGGCCGAGACCCCCGAGUCCAUCCCAUUCAACCGCAGCCACUACGAGGUCGGCGACGACAAUGUGCGUGUCCCCGUGAACACACGGACGGCGUGGCUCGAUGGGUCGUCCCUGUACGGCGUGGAGAGGGAGGCAGUUAUGGCGCUGCGAGAGGGAAGGGGAGGCCGGCUCAAGAUGGACGACGAGGGCUUCCCACCAAGAGUGCCGGGAGGGGACAAAGGCUGCGAAUUGUUCGCCUUUGCGCAAGGGGCCGUCAACCUGCACCCUGUUCUCACUUCUAUCGGCAUAGGUGAGAGGGGGAAGACGCUCGAUGAACGCGGUGAACGAGACUCAUUGAGUAUAUGCACAUGUGUGUUUUUCUGUCGUCAGUGAUGGUGCGGGAGCACAACAGAUAUGCCAAACUGCUCGAGAGUCGCCACCCCGACUGGGACGACGAGGCGAUCUUCCGCGAGGCCAAGGCGUGGGUCGUUGCCCUCAUCCAAAAGAUCACCUUCUACUGGGUCAGCCAGCAAGGCCAGCGCGCCCACCGAUGUUGGAAGGAAUCGAUGUCCAUGUGUGUUGGUCCCUGCCUGCCUGUACGCAGUACCUGCCGAUCCUGCUGGGGUCACCGCUGCCCUCCUGGCAGGCGCACAACGCCACCAUUGACCCGCAGGUUGACGUCUUCAACGCGGCAACGGCCUUCAGAUACGGCCACUUCGCCAUCUCUGACACGGUCUUCCUUCUCUCUGCCCACUUCACCACCCACCCACUCGGCCACCAGCCCCUCCUUGCGACAAUCAGACGGCCGUGCGCCAUCAGGGAGGCCGGCGUGGAGCCGGUUCUGCGUGGCGCAAUGGUUCAGCCGGAGGAGAAAAUGGAGGCUGUCAUGGGCCAGUCUGUCCGUCUGGCCUCACCGGCUGAUCUGCCCGCUCUCAACAUACAAAGAAACCGCGACUGGGGAGGUAUGCAAGCCGAGGGACAGUCGACGGGUGACGCUAUUUGACUGACAUAUUGCCGGUUUCUGUGUCUUUCCUCUGCCCACGAACCAACCAGUCGCGCUUUACAAUGACAUGCGUGAGGCGUACGGGCUGCAUCGCGUGAGCAGCUUGGAGGAGCUGGUGGGCAGAGACAGGAGUGACCUGCUGGAAGCCUUGGAGGACAUGUACGACGGCAUUGAUGCCGUGGAGGCGUAUGUGGGGGCCAUGCUGGGUAGGUUCCACAUGCACCAACACAUUCACUGCGACGUAGUUCCUUUCUAGAUCUCUUUGUCUUCUGCCGCCUGUGGGUCACUCCCCUUCAGAGCCUCUCGAGCUGGCCAAGUCGUCAGGCUAUGACGCCACCACGCCUGUCGUGCCGCCCCUCAUCGCCGUGUCCAUCCGUGACGCCUUCACACGCCUCCGCUCAUCGGACCGAUUCUGGCAUGAGCAGUACCUCCCCUACCUUCGAGACAGCAUCCCCUAUGAGACUGCCAAGAAGGAGCUGCCCUGGUUCCCCUUCAGAGAUGUCGAGCUCGCCCGCGACCUGGCCACCUACGGGCUCACGGAGCUGCUGCUCAACAACACUCGGCUGUGCUGGGCCCCGCCGAAUCCCUUCCGCAUCGAGAGCUUCGCCAACGCCCGGGAGGGUCUGCAGAAGACCAUGAAGAUGGACACCACGCUUCCCAAGUGGACGCAGUGUGACGAGGGCGCGAUGCCCGAGCCGUUCACGUCGACCAGGCGGCAGUCGCUGACAUUCCUGUCGGGACAGUACCAGCUCGAGUGGGAGGUGAGGCCACCCAACAUGGGCGAUGGCAGCGCGCCAAAUAGGAUGGACAUCACCAUCAGUGGCCGGACCAGCGGCUGGGUUGGCUUGGGCGUCUCGCCCGACGGCCGGAUGAUCGGCGCCGACCUGCUCAUCGGGUGGAUCGAUGCCGACACGGCCGCACCCGUCCUCCAUCGCUACACAGGCGGUCCCGAUCGCUACCCUGUGGCCGUACGAGAGGAGAUGGACAUCGACACCCAGACAGUCAGCGGGAGGGAGAUGGUGGUGAACGGCGAGAGCUGGACGACACUCUCCUUCAGCCGCCCGCUCCGCUGGCCGUCGGGCGAUGGCAAGGCCAUCAAACUGGGCGAGACUACGACGAUCCUCGUCGCUUUUGGGCCCGAGGGCGCGAAAGAACUGAGGGUAAGCGCAGUUUGUUACACUCACACGCAUCCGCGUGUGCAUCCUUCAUGUGUGGGUGUGUGUGAGCAGUUCCACGGUUCUCGACGGCAGGUGGCCAUGGUUGACUUCGCCAGCGGCCGCAGCACCGUCAUGGAGUCGAGCAAAUCGGUAAGUGGAUGGGCGAGUGGGAAGCCGCGGCGACCAUUCCCCCUUCCCCCACGCCCCUCUGUCUGUCUGUGUCUGCACGCGUGUGCAGGUGCUCUACGUGCAUGGGUUGAUUAUGUGGUUCCUGGCGAGUAUCCUCAUUCCCGGCUCCUUCUGCUCGGUCCGCUACUUCAAGCACCGAGAGGGGUGGCUCAAUAUGCACGAACGGCUGGCGCUGAUGUCCAUGUCCAAUAUGAUCGGCAUGGCGUUCUCAGCGCUGGGUACGCAGCACAGUAGCUAAUCCCACAGACAGACACACAGACAUCCUCCAUGUACCUCACGUGUGCACCGCGCCCUUCACGCAGCGUCGACCAACGCCAUUCUCGCGACGCCGCAUUCCAUCCUCGGGCUGCUGCUCGUCGGCUGCAUCGCGCUGCAAACCAUCCUCGGUAAGUCAGCUAAGAGAGACGCCCAUAUGGGAUUCAGAGCGUUUUGACUGUGCCUUCCCCUUGGUUGCCUACAGGCAUAAGCAACAAAUACUGGCACUACAGCGCGUCGAAGCGCAUUCUGCCGAGGCAUGCCCGAGUGGUGCUGCGGUUCCUUCAUGCCCUGUUGGGCACGACCAUCCUGCUGGCAUCGCUGGCCAACUCGGUCUUCGGCGCCAAAGCUCUGUUUCCCAACCACCCGGUAAGCCUGUCACCGUAAGUAAGAAGCAACAGGCAAGAAGCAACAGGCAGCUCACGUGGUCACUGCUGGUGUCUUCUUCUUUCAGAUCUGGGUCGUUCAGCUGCUGAUUGUUCUGGCCAUCACGUGCAUGAUCGGUCUGCUCGAGUUCCGACGGAGACUCCCGACGCACUUCUUUGCCUUCGUUGACAGUCUGCCCCCCUACCUCCGCGUCGGUGUCCUCUCCCCCGUCGAAGCACAGCCACUCGUCCAGCAGCCCACAAAGCAGCCCAAGUGGCAUCCACUUCGGAUUCUGCAGCGGCUCGGCGGAGGGGGGCUGAACGUGAUAGGGUCAGGGGAGCAGAGCUUCACGCCCGACUGCGUCUGCGAGGCAGUCGAGAACGGCUCCCAGUGGGUAGUCGUGCUGGACGGCGUUUACGACAUCCGCAAUUUCGUUGGCAGCCAUCCUGGGGGAACGGCACUACUGGAGCGUCACGUGGGUUGCGACAUCACUGCCCUCUUCCUGGGUCUAGUAGUGCCGGGCAGCGCCACCAGUGAUCUCCGGAGCACUCCCCGCGCCUCCCCCAUCACUAUGCCAAGACGACCCAGGUUCGCCACCAUCGGCGUCACGGUCCAGGCUGCCACCUCAGCAGAGAAUGCACCGGUCGCCUCGCCGAGCGCACCGCCACAUGACAAUGGGACGGCCAACACUGGUGGUAGUGGUUGUGCUGCUGGUGGUGGGCAGCAGGUGGCGCCUUGUGCCAUGGCGUCCAUCAUGGAGAUUGGUCGGCGCUUCAGCAACAGCGGCCGCGUGAUAAGGCUGGGAAGCCCCACGAGGGCGGAGUCGUUCGAGCCAACGGUGGUGGGUCGGCCACACUCCGUCUUCGCCGCCUGUACACUUAGGAAAUACCGGUCGGUACCGACGGUCGGCGCACACAGCACGGCACAGCAAGGCAUCUCACCUGACAAACACACCAAGAGAUACAUAAAAGUGUGUGUGUGUGUGUGUCUUUUGUUCUCAGGGUGGGCACUCUCUCUCUACAGGACGGCCGCGGCGAAAGAGAAGGCUCCUUCAACCCCCCUCCCUCCUACUUCCCUCAGAAGGUCAUGGGCCCCAACAACGCCCAGCCCGCCCUCAUGGCUUUGCUCAAGCCCCUCCUGCAGGCCUCGCCCACACCAGAGGCCAUCCGCGGCCGCACCUCUACCCGAAGCGACAUGCGCCAGAGGUAAGUAAUCGCCACAAUUUUCUGUUGUAUGAUUAUUUACUCCUCACCCGGUACCUACCGCUAUUUCUCCUGCCAGGACGCUGCUGAUGUAUGGGAUGCUGUUCAAGCACGUCAGCAACACGCCAGUAGCAAAGGCGGUGGGUGGAGCUGGGUCAGGCUCCUCUAUCACCCACUCGUCACUGGUGUCGGUGCCGAGUGAGAAGAGCAGUAGGGAGGCCACCCCGGGCAAGGGCGGCAAUGUGGCGGCGGGGCUCUAUCAGCCCUUUAUCGUGGUCGAGAACACUCAGCUCAACGCAAGGCGCCCAGGCGAGAGGCAGCUUGCCAUCCACAGGAUCACACUGGAGAGUGCCACCACCCUCUCCAUCGAACACUACAGGCCAGGUAUACCCUACCCGGACAUGCACCCAUCGUGGUCUCCCUAUCUUGUCUGUCUGUAUGUCUGUCUAUGUGUGUUGUGCGCAUCUGUACAUCUGUCAGGCCUGCACGUGUGCAUCCUCGAGGACAUCGCUGGGAGGCGUUUCAAGCGCAGCUACUCAGUCGCGGCUACACCGUCCUCCCAUCUGCUGACGUUCCUCGUUAAGUCGUAUCCCUCCAACGGGAGGGGCAUGGCCGAAUUCCUGUCGUCGCGAAGACAGGGCGACACUCUGCGGCUCAGGGGCUUCCAAGGCACGAACCUGCUCCACGACGCACCCUCUGUGCCGGGCAUGAGCACGGACACAGAGGAGGAUACCGACGACGAUGCCAUUCUGGCGUUCUCUCCCGCGCGAGACCCCCACUUCGGUGUCUACUGGCCCUUCUGUGCGGUGAUCUCGGCAGGGACCGGCAUGACACCCUUCCUCAACCUCAUCCGACACCAGGGGCAGGUUAUGGGGCGGCUGGCCAGAGACCCCACCACACGCCAAGCGGCCCUCUUAUCGCAGCUGUCCGUCUUGCACGUCUCCCGGCACAGAGACGAGGCCCUUGCGCUGGGCUGGGACGAGAUCCGCUCGAUCAAGGCCACAGUGAACGGGGCCCUUGCUGACGCGCCGGCGCCGCGUGUGACGGCCAAUGUGGUUAUCUCGGGAGAGUCGCGGGGACAGAGCGCCAUCGAGGCUAUAUUUAAGCACGCCGCCAGGCCGGGCAGGGCAGCGCAGCUGCAUCGGGGUGGUCUGGACGGUGAUAAUGACGUGCACGAGACAGCGACGGUCGAUCGGCAGCUACUGGAGGCUUGCGUGCCGUGGCUGGGGCGGCUGUCCUCACGGCCGAGCACGCCCCACACACCGCCGCUGCAGGAGCUGCCGGAAGAGAGCGUGUUGGUUGCGCAGGAGGAGAGUCCGAGGGAUCCCCCGGCCAUGCAGACGCGGCAGUCGCCAAAACACGACAAGUGGCUGCAGAGCACACCCGUGACCGUACUCAAGUCGCUGGUGCAUCGGGCCAAGGGCGGCGCCUCCCCCACACAACCCACACAAACGGUGAGUCGGGGAGAGAGGGGGCAGUGCCAAGAUGGCGAUGCAUGUAGGCCAUCCUGUCUGUCUGUCUGUCUCUCUGUGCAGGUCAACGGUACUCCAGAGCAAAGCGCCUUCCUGUCAGCCUGGAGCAUGGCGGCACCGGCACAACAGGAGCCCUCCCUCUCAGCCAUUCUGGCUCGCGGCCCCUCCCCAUCCACCGCCCGCAUAUUUAUAUGCGGUCCAGCCUCGUGGGUGCAUUCGAUGCGGCGGGUGCUCGAGAGUGAGAUGCGGGUGCCGAGGGAAUAUGUCAAAACCCUCUGAGAUGGUGGGUGGGUGAGUGGGGGAGUGUGCGUGAGUGAAUGAGACCGACGUCAUUCACCCCUUCAUGUCGUGUCACUGUGUAGUCAGCGCUUCAUUUAGCUAAUAUGAUAGGCCAUGCCAGUACGUUAUGGCGGCUUGAUGGUGUGUAUCAGUGGUUUUUUAGUCUGCUUGUGCAGGCAGUGAAGUUUGUAGAGAGUAGAGGGAAGAGGGAUAGAGAGAGAGGCGUCCAGCGUCACGCUUCUGUGCAUUCAUGUGGCUGUCUGUCGGUCUGUCUGUCUGUCUGUCUGUCUGGUGUGGCUCGCCAAGAGGGAUCGCGUUGCGGUGCGGAUGGCUGGCUGUCUGGUGCUGCAUGCUUCAGACCACUACUCAUGCAAUCAAGGUCAACACCGUUAGUGC